AACACAACUAUAUCUUAUAUAUUGGGUUCUGCACAUUCAAGCUCUAAGUACGUACGUACAGUAGUAAUACUUCAUCACUCACACCAGAAAGAUUGAUCAGAAUUAAGCUGCAAGAUGGUUGGGAAGCUCUCCCACGAGAUAGAGGUAAACGUGCCGGCAAGCGAAGCUUGGGAGCUCUAUGGCACCCUUCGGUUGCCAAAACUUAUUGUUGAAGAAGCUUUUCCCGGUAUCAUUGAGAACAUUGAGGUCAUUGAAGGUGAUGGUGAGGCUGGGACCAUCAUCAAGAUCAUACCAGGAACACCUGGUUCUAAAGCUCAUAGAGAGAAGUUCACAAAAGUCGACAAUGAGAAACGCCUGAAAGAAGUAGAGGUACUGAUUGAAGGAGCUUAUCUUGAGAUGGGGUUUACAUUUUACCGUAUGAGUUUUGAGAUCGUGGAAAAGGGCGACGAUUCAUGCAUUAUAAAAACUAAAGUUGAGUAUGAUGUGAAGGAAGAGGCAGCUGCACCUAAUGCCUCCAAUGUCGUCAGCAUCGAGCCAUUGGCAAAAAUUGCAGAAGCUGCCAAAACUCAUCUCCUGAAAAACAAAAGUAGUACUGCUUAAGACCAUGCAUGCUGACGAUCAUGAUCAAUAUAUAAUUCAGUAAUAAAUUUACAAAAUGAUCGAUGGUGAUGUUGAAUAUGAUCAUAAUAUUAGGUUUUUCAUGUAAUAAUCAUCAAUAUAUAAUAUGUUUGGGUUUGGUA